CGCACGCGCAAAUGAGCUGAUGGUACGGAUCGUGCUACCGGUACGGAUCGGGUAGUGACACUGACCGCGUAUUUUCAGGUGUUGGGGCACUUGAUGUAACUGGUGGAGCUGUUAAAAACUUUCUCGUUAUCAACGGGUGGUGGCGUUGAAGCAGUGUGCAAAAUGUUGAAAAUCUCCAUUUUGAAGGUUGAGAAUCCAUCUUGCCUCUGGGGUCGAGUUGUUUGCGGUCCAGGUGGCAAUCCAGAAACCAAGGAACAUUACAUUAAUCUCCAGACUAAGAUGAAUCUUUUCUACCAUGAUGUUACCCAAGACCUACAUCAACUGAAACCUACGUCAUUAGAAGAAGGACAGAUGUAUGUGGUAUACUGGGAUGUAAAACAGUCAUGGUGCCGAGCUGUGGUGCAGUCCAUCAUCAUGGACCCGGGAUGCUGUCGGGCCUUCUGUUUCCUAGUUGACCAUGGGGAAAUGAUUGUGGUCUCCUCAGACAAGAUAAAAGUAGCAUUACGAAAGUUCCUUCAGCUUCCUUUCUGGGUGAAGAAGUUCCAUCUGGCUCGAAUCAAACCUACAACCCUUCGGGUAUCUGUAUUUGCAGAGAAAGCAGAGCUUGAGCCUUCGAGUCAGUGGGACAGCUCUGCUGCACUCUACCUGCACAACUUGCUUCGAGCAUCCACCCAAACAGAAGCUGUGUUGCAUGAGUUGGAGUCAGAGUCUACUUCUAUUGAACUCUAUCUGAUCAUCAACAACAUCAAGAUCUGUGUAAAUGAUGACCUCGUGGCUAAGCAGUUUGCUUAUUACACCAGCUGUGGCUUGGAUGCAUGCGACCGAUUUCCUCACAUGUUGUCCUCCAACAUUCUAACUCGCACCGUUUCCAAAUCCUCUGAGAAGCAGAUGAAGGAAACUCUACAUUUUUCUAGCAAACAUGGAGGGUCAUCAGAAAGUCCUGAUACUUCAGAAGUGGGGGAUUGGCUGACAACCGCCCCUCAUCCUCAGAGCCAACUGUUUGAACUUGUUACUUGUGAGGAAGGCAACAGGUCAAAGGUCACGAAUGAACCUACCUCUUUUAACAACCAAUCCAAGCAUGGCCGAAAAGCUUCAGAAACAGAAAGCCUUUUAGCAUGGUUGAAUCCAGAGCCUUUUAACGCUGAUUUAGACAAUGGAGAUAAAGUGGCUGUAUUUGGUGAUCCCUGGUUGAAAGGAAUUUUAGUGCAUUCAGCCUUUUCAGUGGAACCAUGCAACACCUUGGAAGAUGCUCCCGUCACAGAUUCCCUCCGUCAGGUCUUGCAUCGGAAAAACUACAGCACUCUUUCCCCAGAUGACCGCUACAGUUGGCCAGCUGUGGCCCGUGGAUGCAACACUUUAAUUAUUUCCCACAAUGCGGACCAGCCACUCGGCUACCUUAUUCCCUUCCUCACCCACAUCCUUCUAAAUUCCAUCCUCUUAUCCCACCUUUCCAGUUCUGGACCAAUAGCAGUGCUGCUGUGUCCAGGCUGGCAGAAGGCUCAGGCGGUGUGCGAUCUGCUAGAAGAAAGCAAGGUUUCUCAAAAACUACACCCAGUUAUUGUCCUGGUGGGCAUUGGCAAGGAUGAAGCCAAGGCUGUAAAAAUCCCCAAAAAUUGCCGGCUGUUGGUGACCACCCCUUUCACUUUAGUUCGUCUGCUGUCUUGUCACUGUUUUCUUUUCUUACGGCUGUGUCAUCUGGUGCUAGAUGAAGCUGACAAGCUUUUCACUCAUGCACCUGAUCAGAUGGCAAGCAUCCUACAACAUUUUCAGAAGGUGACUUCCAGUGAAGAGAAAGGAUCCUGUCCUCGGCAGCUGGUUGCUUCCGCCAAAAGAUGGACCAGUCCCAUGGAGAAUCUAAUCUGUUGUCAUAUGCCAAAUCCCUACAUUGUCAUAAGUGUCCCUGAGGAAGCUGCACUCUAUGGUAACAUUCAGCAGGUUAUCUUAAUGACUCUUGAGAGCAACAAGAUAUCUGUAUUGCUGGGAGCAUUGGAUUUCAGUCCUGAUGUUUGCCAGAAGACACUGAUUGUAGCAAACUCUUCUCAGGAAGUUGAAGAUGUGUUUAAGGUUGUAAACAACAAAUCAGCGUUCUGUCUCAAGACCCAUGAGGGAUUACUGGACAAGCUUGACUUUGUCAUCCAGCAGUGGAGGAAAAACAUUGGCCCUGGCACUCAUCUUAUUUUGGUGAGCACCAGCGAGUGUUUAAAGUUUCUUGGCAUUAGAGAUGCAGCUUGUGUUGUCCAUUUUGGAUUUCCCUCCUCUCCAAAACUGUUUGGCAGCAGACUCCUCUGCAUGGCUGAGAACUUCCGAAAUCUGUCUCAACAAGAUCAAGGUUGUUCUCAGGUCACCAGGUCAGUGCUGCUGGUCUCAGAAAGAAAUGCUCGCCAUGUUGUGGGAGUUCUCCGUUACUUGGAACGAACCGAUGCACCACUCCCUCUUGUGCUCCUGUCCUUUGCUGAGGAGAUAAAUGUGGCCCGUGAAGACCAAAAGACAGAUCGACCUUUUUGCAGCUAUUUGAAGAGCUUUGGAUUCUGCAGGGACAGGAGUGUGUGUCUUGAUCGUCACAGGUUCAAUUCUCAGUUGGAUCAGUCUGCGUUCCCCACAUCUGGAGUCAUUGAAGUUUUGCCUCUCUACAUUAAGACAGCAUCUGUCUUCUAUGGUCGUUUGGUCAGACAGAAUGAUAAAGGGUUUGACACAAUGGCCUCUGAGAUGAUCUCUUAUUAUGCUGACAAGAAACCUGGAGCCAAGGAGCUGCUGGAAGGAUCUUUAUAUGCAGUGCAAGAGGAGGGGAUCUUUCACAGGGUGAAGAUUCUAUCGAUACCUAACCGUGGUGAGGGCCUUUUUUACAAUGUCUUGGUUCAGUUCAUUGAUGUUGGAAUGGAGGGUGACGUCAAGUCCCAUCAGCUCCUUGAACUACCUGAACAGUUUCAUUCCCUGCCUAACCAAGCCAUUGAGAUGGUGAUCUGCCGGGUAAAGCCAGUUGAUGCUGAGAUUGAGUGGCAUCCAAAGGUCACAAGAGCUAUCCGCCAGAAGAUCCAAGGUCUGCAGCAUCAAGCCAGAGUUGUUCUGGCCUUGGGGAACACAGUUUUUGUUGAUCCUAUGGUGCGGGUUACUCAGAUGCCUGGAACAAAAACUCUCAUCAAUGAGUACAAUGUUCAGUCUGAGAUCCUAAAGACGGGAAUGGGUGUUGGCAAUCCAGAGCAUCUACACUUCUUGAGAGCAUUGCAUCAAGAUACUGUGGUUAAUCGCAGCAAAGAUGGAGUUCACACAUCUAGAAUGAUGGAUUGUUUGCUGUCAGAGGAAGAAAUGCUAACUGCGGCUUUCACAGUUGCUGAGGUCAAGAAAGCUUCUGCUUUAGAUCCUUCUCACCAGAUAUUUAAGCCAUCUAGUCCAGUACCUGCUCCAAACCUGCCUACCGUGAAGGCGCCAGCAGUAGCUGAAGUCCCACUGGUGUCAGUCUGCAAUCAGAAAUCCUGUUUGGACUUUGUCGAAGACAGAAAACAAAUUUCCAAAAGGAAUCCUGCUGCCUCUUUGAGUGUUCAUGAAAAUGGCAUACCUGAUGGUGAUGAACAAGUUGUGUCCAGCGAUGAAACAGUCUGCAAUAAUCUUUCAAAGAGUUUAUGUCCUCACAUUGUUUGGUACCAGACCUGUGACUCCCUAAUUGUAACAGUGAAGUUGAUGAACCCUGGGAGUCAACGCUGUGAUUUCUUCACUGACAGAGUUGUUUACAGUGGCAGAGUGAAUGGUCGAUUCUACAGGGCAGACCUGGAGCUCCAUAAGCAAAUCUCAACUGACACUUGCUACUGGGAGAUGAAGUCCAAUCAGCCUGUUCUUAUACUGGUAAAACAGCAGCUAGGAUACUGGGAGAGACUCCUCAAGAGUAAGAAUAUUUUUGUCAGUUUUGACAUGGACCAUGUUGAUGAAGAAGAAGACAGCUCAUCAAGUCGUAUGUGGUUCGAGGAGAAUACAGGAGAUGACAGCUGCUAUGUGAACUCAGAGAGUGGCAGUGAGAGUGACUGAAUGAAAAAUGUGCCUGGGUUAUUUACAUCUUCAUCUCUUCCCUUUAAGGAUUUUGCAGAUUCAUUUUGCUAAUUUUUUUUACUGUUCUCGUGUAUAAAUAGAAUUUUUUGCUGCCCUUCAGGACCAGUCUUCUGUGUCUACAAUCUAGUUCUUUGUUUAAAAAAAAUCUUAUUGUUUCAGUAGCAUGAAGGAAGAAUUGUUGCCGGGAUGAUCAAAAACUAAGGAAUUGAUUUUUAUUUGUUCCAUUCGUCGUUUUAAUUUAGCUGCAAGUUUUCUUCGAGGCAGAGUUUCUAAUCACAUUUAAAAGCAGGGUGGGCAAUUCAAAAAACAAAUACCUUUAUAAAUUGACUAGUAAUAUAUAAAAUGAAUAUUUCACCAAUCUUUGCUACAAAUACUAGCUUGACAAUUUCAGAAAUAGUAUUAAACCUUGUUAAUGCACUAACUUGGAGCUAUUUGAAGUUGAAAUCCAGAUAUGCCUUACUGUUUACAUUCAGUCACUUCUGUUCAUUUAAAGAGUUCCUGUUUACAACAUAUGCCAUUUCCCAGUACUUUACGAGAUGGCCCCUAAUCACAUCUUCACAAGAAUGAAUGAAUCUGAACCUUGCAUACUUGUCUGUUGGAUAAAGACAUUUUUCUAAUCAGAAACAAUUUUUUUGUUUGAAUGAAAAUAGUUCUAAAUAUAAAUCUUAAUAAUUGCAGGCUUAACCAUAGAGGAAAAAGCAAUGUAGACUGUGUUCUCACUAACAUGGGUAAUUUUGGGGAAAAAAUUUAUAUGAUUGCAUCUUUCACCUACAUGCAGACAAAACAUUAUUUCAAAUGAUUAGCCAACCGUUAUUGCACUUCAAACUGUCAUUUGCUAUACCAGUAGCUCACGCUAAUGUUGUGGUAUGUUCACAAUAUAUUGUGCAUUUCUAAACUUGUUUACCUGUCCCUGACUUUUUUUCAAAUGUUUGGUUAAAAAAAGUAAAUGUUUGAGAGGAAAAGGUAAAUGACCAAACUGCCUAACUGAUCUAACUGUCACAACUGUUAGAAUUAUGAAAAGUAAUUGACAAACCCACCCUGAUAGGUGUUACGCUUUUUGUUGUUGCAGUUAUCUUUUCUUUCUUAACAUUUUUCUUGAAUGCUGCAGUUUUACAUUGUAUGUUAUGUCGCUUUUCUUUGAGAAAUUAUUAAAUAUACAUUUCAGUA